UGUGCCACCAUGCAAACGUUGGAGCCAUGGCAGCUUAUGUAUUACUUAGAAAAUGUCAACUUCACCACAUCAUUUGGUGACCAAGUGUCAUUUGAUGAGAAUGGUGACGCCUUACCAAUAUAUGAUAUCAUGAACUGGCUGUGGCUCCCUGAUGGACAAACUAAAGUUCAGAUUGUGGGGUUUGUUAAGAAGUCGGCCACGCGAGGUGAAGAACUGACACUCAAUGAAGACAUAAUCUUCUGGAACUUUGACUCCAAACAGCCACCCCGGUCAGUGUGCAGUGAGAGCUGUCCUCCAGGUACCCGCAUGGCUAGAAAAAAGGGGCAGCCUGUAUGCUGUUUCGACUGUGUCUCUUGUUCUGAAGGAAAGUUCAGCAACAAAACAGAUUCCAUGGAGUGUGCCAGUUGUCCAGAGGACUUCUGGUCCAGUGUCCAACGUGAUCACUGUGUUCCUAAGAAAACGGAGUUCCUCUCCUAUCAUGAACCUCUGGGCAUCUGUCUGACAACUGCCUCAUUGCUGGGCACAUUUAUCUGUACUCUUGUCCUGGGCAUCUUCAUCUAUCAUCGUAGUACACCCAUGGUACGCACCAACAAUUCAGAACUUAGUUUCCUACUCUUGGUGUCACUAAAGUUAUGUUUCCUUUGCUCACUGCUGUUCAUCGGACGUCCCAGGCUGUGGACUUGCCAGCUAAGACAUGCUGCAUUUGGAAUCAGCUUUGUGCUUUCUGUUUCUUGUAUUUUGGUGAAAACCAUGGUGGUUCUGGCCGUAUUCAAGGCCUCAAAUCCAGGAGGUGGAGCCAGUCUGAAGUGGUUUGGUCCUUUGCAGCAGAGAGGAACAGUUCUGGUUCUUACUUCUAUUCAGGCAGCAAUCUGCACUGCUUGGCUUGUCUCUUCCUCACCAGCUCCUCAUAAAAACACUCAAUACCACAAUGACAAGAUAGUUUAUGAGUGUGUUGUUGGGUCCACAGUUGGUUUUGCAGUGUUACUGGGUUAUAUCGGCUUACUGGCUGUCUUCAGCUUCCUGUUAGCAUUCCUAGCAAGGAAUCUUCCAGACAACUUUAAUGAGGCCAAGCUCAUCACAUUCAGCAUGCUGAUCUUCUGUGCAGUAUGGGUGGCCUUUGUUCCUGCUUAUGUCAACACCCCAGGCAAAUAUGCAGAUGCAGUGGAGGUAUUUGCCAUCCUGGCCUCAAGCUUUGGCCUGUUGGUUGCACUGUUUGGACCAAAAUGCUACAUAAUUCUGCUGAGACCAGAGAGGAACACAAAGAAAGCAAUCAUGGGUCGUGAAACCCCCAAGACAUAA